AUGGCCGAAAUUGAGUCACUGAUUUGCUAUUACAGUUAUAUGAACGAAUCAAUGAUCGAUGCUAAUUUAACUUGCAGUAUUCGCAAGAAUCCUUUGUAUGAUCCGCUUGUAACGCCUUUAUGUGAUCAUAUCUUCUGCUCUAUGUGCAUUAAACCGUGGCUUGAAAUAAACGACUCAUGUCCCAGCUGUCGUCAUUCACCACUGAUCAAAGAUCAAUUGCAGAAACCAAAUCGACCGUUGCUCAACUUACUAAACGAACUUCUGAUUCGAUGCAAAAGAUGUGGCGAAGAAAAUACUCGACGAGGUGAUUUCAUGCAUCAUAUUCGUCGCGUAUGUCCAAAAGCGAAUAUUAAUUGUUCGGCAGCCGAUAUCAAGUGUCCUUGGACUGGUAGACCAGAUCAACUCGAUAUUCAUUUAAAAACGUGCAUUUAUACACAAAUGAAACCACUACAUAACGAAUGGAUGGCUACUACGACUAAGUUGACAGAAAAUAUCGAAGCACUAGAAGAGAAAAUAGCAGAACUUGUUGUAAUGAACAUAUUAGACAGACAACAUUUCAGUGCUAAAUUAUUUGCUGCUGAAAUAAAGCAAAUAUUGGGCGAACACGUGUAUCCUGUUAUCAAGCAACUACAACCAAAUCUUCCUGAUAAAAUUACAGGCAUGCUACUCGAAUUGGACAAUAAUGAAAUCUUGAAGCUUGCAGCCUUGGAUAGCUGUCUGAAAAAAAGGGUUGAAGAAGCCGUGGCUCUACUUGAAGCACGUUGUCGAAAGAUUUGA